CGGCGCCGGUGGGGGGGGCGGGGUGCGGGGGGGAAACGGCUGCGCUCCGGGCCCCGCCCCUAGCGCUGCCCGGCCGGGCCGCGCCCCUGCCCCGCCUCCCGCCAGCCCAGAUCGGCCCGGCCCGGCCCGGCUCAGCUCCGCCCGGCCUAGCGGCAGCCCGGCGGCUGCUACCGAACCAUGGCGAGCGCGGCGCCCGCGCAGCCCCGCCAGCCGGAGGCGGGCGGGGAGCGUGGCAGCGGGCGGGAGCGGCCGGAGGCCCGCGAGGAGAAGGGCGCGGCGGCGGCCGGGGACACGGAGCCGGCGGAGGUGUCAGGCGGGGACGGGGCGGCCGCGGCGCUGCUGGGGGAGACGGGGCUGGCGGUGGGCUGCUGCAUCGCGGCGGCGCUGAGCUGGGAGCGGCCUCUGCACAGCCUGGGCGGCUUCGUCUGCGCCAACCUGCUCUUCUGGUUUGUUGCACUGACCCCUUGGAGAGUGUAUCAUCUGACUUCUGUCAUAAUACUUGGAGUGCUAAUUCUUCAGAUAAUAAAGGAUUUGGUAUUCUCAAGGAUAAAAGUGCAUUGUGUUUCAUCUUGCAUUCCAACAAUUGCAGGUGCGCAGCUUUGGAGGACCAUUACUGACAACUGGAAAGUCAUCAGUUCCAGGCAAGACUACAGACCCAGAAUAAAUCAGUGCAUUUCAGAAACACUGAUGAAUUUAUUUGUAUUUCUUCAAGAAAUGUCCCACUUCAAGGAACAAAACCCUGGCAAGUUCUGCCUACUAGUCUGCAGCGUAUGUACAUUUUUCACUGUCUUGGGAAGUUACAUUCCUGGAGUUGUCCUCUCCUAUGUCCUGCUAUUGUGUGCCUUUUUAUGUCCCUUCCUUAAGUGCAAUGAGUUUGGACAGAAAUUGUGCAACAAAAUUAAGACUGUUCUGAUGAAACUAGAUUUUGGAAUAGUGGAAUAUAUCAACCAGAAGAAGAGAGAGAGGUCUGAAACAGCAAAAACAAAACCCACAGAAGAUGACAGUGAAUUAGACAUAUCAGCUCUGUGUCCUAAGGUUAGUGCUGCAGUUGUUGCCAAAGAGCUGUCAGUGUCUGACACAGAUGUAUCAGAAGUAUCUUGGACCGAUAAUGGGACCUUUAACUUAUCCGAGGGGUAUUCUCCACAGACAGACACAUCUGAUGAUUUUGACCGACCUAGUGAUCAUGAAGAAGCUUUCGCUAGAGAUCUUUCAGAAUUUCCUUCUUUAGAAAAUGGUGCCGGAACAAAUGAUGAUGAUGACUCAAGCAUCGGUAUGCCCAUCCAGCAAAAACGAAGAAAAGAACAAACGUACUUCAAGGUGGAUCAUGCUUCCAGACAGAGUAAAGAGAGACCAUCCACUGCAGGGCUCUCCCUGCCUUUGACCAGUGACCAAACCUUUAAUUUAAUGAGUGGAAUUGCUGGGGAUGUCAUCGCAGCUGCAGUAUCUGCUGCCAUCAAAGACCAGUUGCAGUCGGCACAGCAAGCUCCCUCACAUGCAGUGCCCAGUUUGAGCGAGGAGACAGACACAGAAGAAGCUGAUGAUUUUGAACUGCUUGACCAGUCUGAGCUUGAGCAGAUUGAGAAAGAAUUGGGACUUUCACAAGGCCAAGAAGCAGAAUCCCAGGAAAAGAAAAAGUCUUCAGGCUUCCUUUCAAAUCUGCUUGGAAGUCAUUAACCUGGAAAUUGCAGAUGGUAACAUAGAAGAAAUUAAACACAUACACAAAAAAAAAUCAAAUGCAAAAAAAAAAAAAAAAAAAAAAAAAAAAAGGAAAAUUCUGAGCUGUAAGCUUUAACUAUUCCUUUAGAUGUAUUGUAAUAAUUUCCCUUAUGCAGAGUGAAUUAACUGGAUAAAUAUCAGCUGAUACUGAUAGUUCAGUGUUUCUGGUAGUUAUACCUCAGUGUAAUAGCAUGGAAAUGAAUUAUCUAUUCACUGUUUGGUUGCAGGUGAGUGUUGGAGAUGAGUUGUUCCAAGAGUUGAGGGAGAGGGGUUUUUUUAUCUUUUUGCCAACCAUGCAUUUUGGGGUCCUGAGCCAAAUUUUUAACAUUGGCAGUUUAUUUAUUCUUGGUUGCCAACCGUGUGAUAAAAUUAAUGAUUCACACGGCGAGGGUAAAUUGCCACAGGAUUGCAAUGAGAUUAACUAAAUCUCACCUCCUUCAGUCAUGCUGAAAAGCGUGAAUCCAUGAGUUAGCAUUACGUAUAGCACAUCUACUAAAUAUGAAACACAUUAACCAACACAACUCUAGUUUAAGUAUGUGUGCAACACUAUCAAAGAAUUUGAUUUCAUACUUAAAACCUUUGAAUUAUUUUGGAUAUGGCGAUGCAUUUCCAAGGUUUGUGCUGUUUUAGGCUUGUAGAGUUGUAAAGUGGCAUGCUAUUUGACUGACCACCUGCUGUGUUCCUUGAUAGAGUCUGGUCCUUGGCAGUAUUGCCCAUGUGAAGUCAGCCAACACCUUUUUAUUUUUACAAGUUGAUAUAUCAUCUAACCCAAGCAACCUUUUUGGGAGCAGGUGUGGAUAGUAAUUGUUUGGAAUAGAGGUUAGAGAGUUAAAAAAAACCCAAACCCCACUUUUUUUAGAUACCACUUCAUUAAUUCAAGAUUCUGUGGGGUUUGGGUUUUUUUUCCCCAGGACAGCUGCCAUCACUUGCAACAAAAGUUGUGUUGCAAGCUGAAUAUUUUAAGAUACUUAAAAGUAUUUGGUGAGGUCAUUUGCUGUAGAAGACACUCACAGUCUUCUUCUUGGCAUGUAAUUUAGAACAAACAAACAAGAACUUGUUUAAAUUGUUUGCCAGUUUAAACUCCAGACAUGCUGAGUGAGUGGCAUGGGAUCUUAAGCAGGUAACUGAUUUAACUUUUUCUAGGGCUUUUUUGUUCACCUGUGACAAAAUUGAAUUAUAAUAUCAAGAGGUAGUAAUCAAAGACAUAGGAAGAAGUAAAGCUAGUUUUUUUAAUGUGAUGUAAACCAUUAGCAAAGUUGAGGGACCAUGUCAGCUGCUACUACUACUAAAGUCAUUUUCCAUUUACUGGCAUUUGAAGAGGUGAAUACUGUCAUCUAGGACCCUCAGAAAGUACAGCAACAGAGUAUAAAAAUCUUCCACUAACAUAUAUGUGUAGGUAAGCCUGUGUUCAAAAUUAAUUCCAUUUUUUUUUUCCUUUUGAGGUGAAAAAAUAGGCAGAUGGCCAAAAAGAGUAUAGUAAAAAAGAAAGAUGCUGAGAAUUUUUGACACUACCUUUAUCGUUGCUUGUGCUUUUGUGUCAGUAAUGCAUAUUGACCGUGUUUGCUGUCCUUUUCCUGUAAAAAACGUGAGCCUGUGCCUUCAUUAUCAAAUCCAUUAUGAAGUAAGCGGGUGCUGGAUAUAGCACCCACAAGAUGCAGUUUUUGAAAUACAUUUUAACAUUAAAAGCAAGUUUCUGGAAAUGAUUAAAAAACGUGGCCACAUCACUUCCACAGCAUUGGUCACUAAGUUCCCAUUUUAGCUUCCCACAGCCUGUCCUUCUCAUUUGGGAAAAAAACCAAACCAAGACAGAACAAAAACACAAAACCAAACCAAAAAUAAAAGAAGCUUUUGCUGGAAAAUCAGUAAGUUUAAAGGCCAUUUAAAUUUCUCAGAUGAGUUAAAAGCCUCAUUUCCUUGCUGCAUGUUUAGGACAAUCUAUACACUUAGAAGAGUACAACUUCCAAUUUGUUGAUGAAACUGUAAGGCACACAAACAACUGUGUGCUUCCUUGUUCCUUGUACAGGAGUACUGGUGCCGGGAAGGGAAGCAGGCUGCGGGACAGGGAGAGGUGGGAGGGAGGGAGGGAGGGAGCAGUCCUUCACAGGCUUUUCUGGAGCGGAUUGACAGGACAGACUAGCUGGCUGUCAAUCGUGGCUUAUAACAGCAUGCACUUUAUUGUUGUUUUAUGAAGUACGUAAUGCAGGGGCACUCGUCUAGAAUAAUAGAUUAGAUCAAGAAGGAAAAGCAGUUGGAGGAGUUUCUUGGACUUUUUGUAAAUGAUCCAUUUUCUGGUUUCAAAAUAGAAAACUAGAUCCAGUUUUUCUCCAGUAAGAGUUUCUUUGGUUUUUUGUUUGUUUGUUUUUUCCCCAGAAAGAAAAACAAAGCAAAACUUGAACAUGCAAUUUGUUCAAGUUUAGGGGCAUAAUUGCUUAUUUGAGUGUCGUUAGAAUUUUUUUUUUCUGUUCUUGUGGUAGUUGAUUCUAUUCAAGCCCCUAAGUACUGUUUAAUGGAAAGAGGUAAUUCUGUAAUAUUCAAUAUUCUUCCGCAGGUAGUGGAAAGAUGCUUAAUUUUCUGCAGGAUAUUACCUCUUCCUCCCAAACAACUGCAUGAAAGAAUCACUUUGCUUGGACAUGAUACAUUCCACUGCCAGCAUUUUGACAGCAAAACACAAAGAAAACGUUUCUCUCCUUUGUGCAACCCUUCCAUGUUGCCUUCAGUUGGAAAUCCCUCAGGAAAACCUUCAUUUUGUUGUAUUCUAGCAGCAGCCACAAAAUAGCAGUUACUUAAAAAUUCCUGUCACAGUGGCCCACAGCAUCUUUCCUAUCGAGCACUGUCGUCACCUUCCCAUCUUCCAAAACUGAAUACACGGGUAGGAGGAAAGGCAAGCUAUGUAUGAGGUAGGAUGUAGCUUGGAAAUGUGCAUUUGUUCCGUGGAAAGCCUGCUUGCCUUCAAUUUCCAGUCAAAGGGCAGUACGGGCAGUGCAGAGGGCAUAGAUCAGCGUGGGGACGUGUGAGCAAGUGCCGUGGGGUAACACAGCGUGAUCUUGCCGUGGGAUCAGUACUGCCUGCACUACCUGGCAUGCUCUUGCCUGCCAGUACAUUGAGGAUGCUGUGUAUUUUCGCAGUAGCGUGGUUGAAGCGCUCACCCUCCCUCGCUUUGCAGUGGCCGCGUCAUAUAUCCGUGCUGGAAGAAAACGAUGUGUCAGGACAGGGUCUGUGGGAUGCUGUUCAGUCCUUUGUGCUCGGCAAAUUUCCCCUGGCGUUAGUGCAGGCGGAGCGAUUGCCGCUGGAUCCGUGGCCUUUAGGUGUGUCACAUCCAGCGGAAAAGCAGCAACAUGGGGCUUUUGCGCGUGGGUCCCACACACCUGCUUGCCACUCCUCAGCUUGUUUGGGGGGGGGGGGGGGAGAAAGUCUAUGCAGAGGAGGGGAAGUCUUUUAAUCCAAAGUAAUAGGAUCUGAAGAAAUACUAGUUUUACUUGGUUUUUGUUCGUUUUGCACUUUUCCCGGACCGUUUAAGCCUUCUGAACAAAUUUCCCGUAGUCUCUGUGUCUGUUCACUGCACGAGCAGCGUAACGGUCUGUGAGCAACACCAACCUGGGUAACCAGAAACUGGAAAAUUACAAAAUGUCUUUAUUUAAAAGUAUUUUGCAGCACUUUACCUAGCGUGAUUACUAUUUUGUAAACAUGGAAUUAUUAUAUUGAUUGUUUGUAAAACCAUUUAAUAAAUGCGUGUUAGUUUUUAUCUUU